UGCUUUCUCAUUCCUGAUUCCAACAUGUUCAAUUUCAAAGAAAUGGCCGUUCCCCAGUCCGCCUCCGCCGUCUUCUCCGCCUACGCUUCCUUCGCCACCACCAUGAUGCUCAUCCGUUCUGUCACCAACGAACUCCUCCCCGCCAAAUUCAUCUCCUUCCUCUCUUCUAUUUUCGUUUACUUCUUCGGCUCUAUUGCUUCUCAGACUAAGUUUGUCAUCGAGGAGAAUUCUGGGUUUACCAUCAACGAGGUCUUCCAAGCCGCCGAGUUUUAUCUCCGUACGAAAAUCUCCCCUUCUAUUGACACUCUCAAGGUUAGCAAAACCCCCCGCCAGAAGAAAGUCAGGCUGUCCAUCGACAAGGACCAAGAAAUCAUCGAUUACUUUGAAAACAUUCGCCUCCAGUGGCGAUUUGUCUGUUCUGUAGACGAACGCAAUGGGGGUGGUGGCAGAGAGAAGCGCCAUUUUGAGCUUUCGUUUCCCAAGAAAUUCAGGGAUAGAGUUGUCGAUUUCUAUUUGCCUUAUGUGUUGAAGAGGGCCAAGGAGAUUAAAGAGGAGCACAAAGUUGUGAAGAUUUUUAGCCAGGAAUGUCAGUAUGAUGACGACAGCGGCGGCAAUUGGGGCUCUGUAAAUCUAGAACAUCCGGCGACGUUUGAUACGCUGGCCAUGGACCCUGAGUUGAAGCAAUCGAUAAUCGAUGAUUUGAACAGGUUUGUUAGAAGGAAGGAUUUCUAUAAAAAGGUGGGGAAGGCUUGGAAGAGGGGAUAUUUGUUGUAUGGUCCUCCUGGUACGGGAAAAUCAAGCUUAAUUGCCGCCAUGGCUAACUACCUUAAGUUUGACAUUUACGAUUUGGAUCUCACAAACAUGUACAGCAAUAGCGAUCUCAGGAGGGUUUUGUUAGCCACAACAAAUCGUUCGAUUUUGGUGAUAGAGGAUAUAGAUUGCAGCGUGGAAAUACAGAAUCGCCAGAGUGAGGAACAUUUUGAUCGAUCCAACAGCAAGUUUACGUUGUCGGGGAUGCUGAAUUUCAUCGACGGAUUAUGGUCAAGUUGUGGAGAUGAAAGAAUCAUAAUAUUUACAACGAACCAUAAAGAUCGAUUGGAUCCUGCUCUGCUGCGGCCGGGUCGGAUGGAUGUGCAUAUAAACAUGUCGUAUUGUAGCCGUGAAGGGUUGAAGGUGUUGGUGUCGAAUUACCUGGGCGGGGAAGCGACUAAGCAUUGUAUGUACGGAGAAAUAGAAGAGUUGAUGGAAGAUAUGGAAGUAUCACCGGCAGAGAUUGCGGAAGAGCUAAUGAAGGGCGAGGAGACGGAGGCCGUUCUUGGAGGUCUGGUGGGUUUUCUAAAACGUAAAAGGGAAGAACAGAGGAAGGAGAAAGAGGAGAAAAAUGAAGAGGAAGAAGAAGAAAGGGAUGAAAUUGAAGAAGUAGAAGAAGGUGGAGAUGAUGAAGAUUCAGAAAGGAAAAAAUGGGAACCGAGAAAUAGAAUGCUAAGAAUUGGAUAUGGAUAUAGAGGACGCGGGCGUGGGCGUGGGCGUGGUCGUGUGCGUGGGCGAUGAUGGGUGUGAAUUCAUGGGAGUGGGUAACCAUUGAGGAAAUAGAAGGAAGCCCUGUUUUUGUGAUUGGGUUUCGUUUGGUAGAGGUCGAGUUGACUCGGGUUGGGAUGAGUCAUGAGUGGAUGGACCUGAGUUGAGUUAUUUCAACUAGAAAUUACUUGGGUGGUUCUGUUUCGGUGCAUCCCAGUUUGCUGUUCAAUAAGCAAUUGUUGUAUUCUUUUCCAAAAAAUCUUUUUUUUUCUUUUUUUUCAAAUGUGGGGUAUGAGAUUAGGAGAGAUGCCCUUUCAAGUAUGAGAAUGUGAAAGAUGAAUUUUUGAGGCUA